AUGGACGGUGCGGAUGAAGAUCUCGGAAGCAGAAGCACUCGGAGCAGCCCAACUUCCGUAAGGGCAGCAAAACGGCCGAGGACCACGCUUGCUUGUCAACGUUGUAAAUCACGCAAACAGAAGUGUAGUCGAGUUUCAGAGAAAUGCCGAUAUGUGGCUUCGACCGUACCAAAACCAACAGAGCAGCGGGCUUAUGUGAAAGCGCUUGAAAGCAAGGUUGCAGAGCUCGAGAAUAAGCUCAGGCGAGCCGAGCGAGCAGCCGAUCCACGAGUGUCACAAGAGACCUAUCGCUUGAAUGACCUGCCACCAGAGAGUUCCUUGUCAAGCACAAUCCGCGAUCUCAGCUUGAAUGCUAGUGGGUACAACUAUCUUGGUGGGACAUCGAACAUAACCAUUGCCCGUGUGCUCGAACCAGUAUUACAUAUCGAUCGGUCCCUGAUAUCAAAUCACCAAGAGCGAACAGUCCUUGGCUCCGAUAGGGAUGCUUCAACCGCUAGGCUUGUCCAGUCAAGCGAGGAUGAGGACACCCAAGAUGUCGCCUCAUUCUCAGAACCUGUGAUUGAGAAGCUUUUCAGAGCUUACAUCGAAUAUGUGUCUCUGAUUUUUCCAAUCAUGCACUCACGAACACUUCAGGACAUGCAUGAGAGGCGCAGCAGACCCAAGGGUCUCUUUGAAGUUGCAACACUACACCUGAUGUACGCCCUUGGUGGAAUUACCCUCACAUUAGUAAGUUAUAGUUGA